GAAUUGAUUGUUCUUUACGUAAAUAAUGUGAUGCAGAGACUACAUUAUGGAGAACUUUGUUGGGCCAAUCAUUCAAAUUGUGAAGUAUGUUGGUGGUCCAAUUGUGAGGUACCUAAAAUAUCAGAUAAAAUUUAAUAGUCAUUUGGAACAAUUCAAUGUAAGGAAACAAGGCUUGUGUAGCCGAAAGCGUGACAUUGAAUCAAGAUUGAACACAGAGCUUCACUUUGGGAAAGUUGCAAAGGAGGAAGUGCAAACAUGGUUGAAAGAUGCGGAAAAUUUUAUUGCAAGACAUGAGGUUCAAGAUGAAGUGAACAGUCGAGGAUGUCUCUCAUGUUGUUGUCAAGUAAAGAUUCUAGAGGAAAGGGCUCGGGAACUUAAGGAAAUAUAUGACAGAGGGGAUAACUUCACUAAUGAGUGUUUAGUCAAGGAUGAUCCAUCUAUUCCGUUAAUGGAAUUGCCAACAACGGAAUUACAAGGUAGGGAAGAUGUCAAAGCAGCAAUUUUGGCGUGCUUGAAGGGAGAUGAGGUGACAAAGCUUGGAGUUUGGGGAAUGGGGGGAGUUGGAAAGACAACAAUCAUGAAGCAUGUCCAUAAUGAGUUGUUGAAAGAAGGCAAAUUCAAAAAAGUAAUUUGGGUAACUGUAUCACAAACCUUUGAUAUCUACAAAUUGCAAGAACAGAUUGCAUGCAGUUUAAAUGAACACCUACCAGAGAAUCAAAAUACAAUUACUCGUGGAGCAACAUUAUCACAGAUGCUGGUAGAACAUAAGCCUUACUUGUUGAUUCUAGAUGAUGUGUGGAGUACAUUCAAACUUGAAGAUGUUGGAAUUCCCAAGCCACUCGUAAGUGAUGGUUGCAAGCUAGUAUUGACUACACGGUCACAAGAGGUUGCUCGUACAAUGGACUAUAAGAUAAUUAAAGUGAAGACUCUUUCAGAAGGGGAAGCUUUAAAAUUGUUUAAAGAUAAAGUUGGAGAUACUGUUUUAUCAGAUCAAGGGUGCAUUAAAGGAGCUUUAGAAGCAACUUUAAAGAGGAUUGUAGAUGAAUGUAAUGGCCUUCCCUUAGCAAUUGUUACUGUUGCUAGUAGCUUGAAGGGAGUAUCUGAGCCACGGUUGUGGAGUGCUGCAUUGAAUCAAUUGAAAGACUGCAAAAGAAACAUAGCAGGUACAGAUGACGAUGAUGCAUUUGGGGUAUUAAAAUUUAGUUAUGAUCGUUUGAAAUCCUCAAAAAUCCAACAUUGCUUUUUAUGUUGUGCAUUGUAUCCUGAGGACUACAAUAUCCCAAUUGAUUCUAUAAUUGAUUUUUGGAUUGAUGAGGGGCUAAUAGAUGAAAUGGAGACUGUACUAGCAAUGAACAAUGAAGGCCUUGAUAUAUUGAGGAAACUUGAAGACAAUUGUUUGUUGGAAUCCAAUAAAGAUAAAUGUAGGAAGGAUUGUGUGAGGAUGCAUGAUCUUGUUAGGGACAUGGCAUUGCAAAUUACAAGAACAAGUCCUCGGUUCAUGGUCGAAGUUGGCAAGGCAUUAACAAAGCUACCUGAGAGGGGAAAAUGGACAGAAGAUCUUGAAAAGGUUUCAUUAAUGUGGAAUAAGAUAGAAGAAAUUCCUUCAAGCAUCCUAACUUCAAAAUGCACAAUGCUCACAACUUUGUUGUUAUCCCACAAUAAUUUGUCAACAAUUUCAGAAUCUAUCUUUGAGCAUCUACUUGGGCUCAAAAUUCUUGAUCUUUCCUACAAUGAACAGCUAAGGAGCCUACCAAGUUCCAUCUCCAAUUUGGUGAAUCUCACUACACUCUUGUUGAAAAUGACAUCCUUGACAGAGGUUCCUUCUUUAUCAAAACUUGGAGCCUUAAAAAAGUUAGACCUUGGUAGGACAAGAAUCAAAAAAGUCCCUAAAAGUCUAGAAAUGUGUACAAACCUCAGAUAUCUUAGUCUUAGAGGAUAUUGGGGCAUAUUUGAUGAUACAACAUUAUUUUUUUUUUUCGGUUUCCCGUCCGGUAUCCGAGGCUUCGCCCCGACUAAUCCGGACCCGACCCGCGUCGCGCACCUGGAAAUGGUGGAUGAGAGAAUAGUGUUAAGGGGGGAAGUGAUAGGGGCAUUGAAGACACUAGAAGUAAUAGGGAUAUUGAAGAAGUUGGAAGUUUUUGAGGGCUGGUUCCCGACGGUACAUGAUUGGAGCAUCUUUUUGAAUUGUGUUCAUGGUCAAGGAGAUGGGCUGAGUAGAUACCAUCUUAGAGUUGGAAAGAAGACUCGGGGGUUCCUUUUUGAAAAUUAUCUCAAAAGCAUAGCAUUCAGUGGAAUUGAUAUUGUUGGAGAGACUAUAACAUUGCCACCUUCAGUACAUGGAUUAUUAAUUGAAUGUUGUGACAACCUAAGAAGCUUAAAUGAUUUUUCUUCCAUUAAAGAUGCAACAGACUUGAGGCGAUGCGAGGUUGUGCAUUGUGAAGGCAUGGAGUGUGUUUUUACCUCGUGGAUAAACCCACUCGUCCAAACCGUUGAGGAAUUGAUUCUUUCUGGAUUAAACAAGUUGGAAGGCCUACUUGAAGCAGAAGUGAUUGCCAUGUCCCCACCACCGCCACCUGGCACCUUUUCAUCUCUUAAAUCAAUUGAGCUUUAUAGUUGUGGUAAAAUAAAACGGUUGAUCCCGUCUGAGAAGUUGUUAGGAUAUCUCCAAAGUCUAGAGUUGAUUGAAAUCAAUAAGUGUGAAGAAUUGGAAGAAAUAAUAGCAUUAGAUCCAGAAGAAGAAGCAGGGGACAUCAUCAAGAAGCUCAAUCUUCCGAAAUUAAAAUAUCUGAGAUUGCGAUCCUUGCUAGCAUUAAAAAGCAUCUGUAGCGGAAGGGCAGUAAUGGUAUGUGAUUCUUUAGAAUAUAUUGAAAUUUGGGGUUGUGAAGGACUACGGAGGAUCCCUGUUUAUCUUCCCCUGUCUAAUAAGGCCCAACCAUCUCGUCCUCCUUCCCUCAAAGAAAUCAGUGCAAUUCCACGAGAAUGGUGGGAAUUGUUGGAGUGGGACCAUCCCAAUGCAAAGGAUGUCCUUCAAUCCGUACUUCGCCCCAUGCAUGAAUUUGAGGAUUAUACAUUAUUGGAGUCAGAACAGUCAGAAUGGGAGGAUUAUUCAUUAUGUGAUUCGGAACAGUUAGAAUGGGAGGAUUAUCCAGAGGAUUGAGGAUCUGUCUGAAUUUUCUUGCUGCUGCAUCAAUUAGUGUAUUUAAGCAUUUCAGUCGACUGCUGUCUACAUAUGUUCUCAAUUUUCUUGAAUUAGCUCAAGACUCAUUCCACAAGCAGGUUAAAUUCAAUUCUUCUUCUUCUUUUCAGUUGUGUGCAUCUUUUUGAUUCCUUUUGUCUUGAAAAAGUACUAAACGAGCUUGAACUGUUUGUCUGUUUAAUUGAUUCAUGAAUGAUGUGUCUAGGCAAGCUUCAAUUUAGCUUGUUGCAUCAUGGAACGAGCUUUGAUUAUUUGUUAUCAAAUUUGUUGAUUAUUUUUAAAAAUGUAUUGUACUGCUUAAUUUACCCUUCUUUGAGGUCUUUGAUAUUUAGUUGAUUUUCAAGUAAUGAUUUUUUUUUUUUUUAAUUUAGGUGUGACUCUCUGCAAAUCUUUGUUAUAGCAUUCAUUUCCUACAAAUUGAAGAAUUUUUAACUAAUGAAUUUUUCAUUUUUUU